GAAGAGAAGAAUUCUAGAUCCUUCCGUUCCCAACAGGUAGCACCAGGAGAUAAUCUCAACCGUCCAUCAGCACCAUCGCCCCCCUAUAAAGUCCCUCCAUCCCGUCUUUUUCUCUCCAUCUUGGUUGAUUGUUACGGGUUCUUCUCCGGCGUUUCGUGUUUAGCCUUCCCUACUGGGUUUUUGUUUUCCAGAUCGGCGAUUCGAAUCCGAGGGAGAAAGAUGUUCGGAAGAGUGCCGAAGAAAAGCGAUAACACAAGGUACUAUGAGAUUCUGGGAGUGUCAAAGAACGCUUCCCAGGAUGAUUUGAAGAAGGCGUACAAGAAAGCCGCCAUCAAGAAUCACCCUGAUAAAGGUGGAGAUCCUGAGAAGUUUAAGGAGCUUGCUCAUGCUUAUGAGGUCCUGAGUGACUCUGAGAAACGUGAAAUCUAUGAUCAGUAUGGUGAGGAUGCGCUCAAGGAAGGAAUGGGUGGUGGUGCUGCUGGGCAUGAUCCAUUUGACAUCUUCUCAUCCUUCUUUGGUGGAGGAUUUGGAGGUGGUAGCAGCAGAGGGAGAAGGCAGAGGCGCGGAGAGGAUGUUGUUCACCCUCUGAAGGUUUCUCUGGAGGAUCUUUAUCUUGGGACUACAAAGAAGCUCUCCCUCUCCCGGAAUGUGAUAUGCUCAAAGUGCAAUGGAAAGGGGUCAAAAUCUGGAGCUUCAAUGAAAUGUCCAGGGUGCCAGGGAACUGGUAUGAAGGUGUCUAUCAGGCAUCUUGGUCCUUCUAUGAUUCAGCAGAUGCAACAUCCUUGCAAUGAAUGCAAGGGUACUGGGGAGACCAUCAAUGACAGGGACCGCUGCACUCAGUGCAAGGGAGAGAAAGUUGUUCCAGAGAAGAAAGUGUUGGAGGUCAUUGUUGAGAAGGGCAUGCAGAAUGCACAGAAGAUUACAUUCCCUGGUGAAGCUGAUGAAGCGCCUGAUACAGUCACUGGGGAUAUAGUCUUUGUCCUUCAGCAGAAGGAGCAUCCAAGGUUCAAAAGAAAGGGAGAGGAUCUAUUUGUGGAGCACACCUUGUCCCUUACUGAGGCUCUGUGUGGUUUCCAAUUUGCAUUGACCCAUUUGGAUGGCAGGCAGCUACUUAUCAAAUCAAAUCCUGGAGAAGUUGUGAAGCCUGAUUCCUUUAAGGCAAUUAAUGAUGAGGGGAUGCCCAUCUACCAGAGGUCCUUCAUGAAGGGAAAGAUGUACAUUCACUUCACAGUUGAGUUCCCUGACUCGUUGAGCCCUGAUCAGGUCAGAGCACUUGAAGCUGUUCUCCCACCAAAGCCAACUUCUCAGUUGACAGAUAUGGAGCUAGAUGAGUGUGAGGAGACUACUCUGCAUGAUGUGAACAUUGAAGAGGAGAUGAGGAGGAAGCAGCAGCAACAGGCUCAGGAGGCAUAUGAGGAGGAUGAUGAUAUGCAUGGUGGUGCUCAGAGGGUGCAAUGUGCUCAGCAGUAAUAACGAAGAAAAUUUAUUAUGAUUUCAAGUCCUGUACUUGGGUAUCUGUGGGUUGGUUGGUAUCCAUAGUAGUGAAAUAUAAUUGAGAGUUCAAGCCAUGUCCUAGCAUUAUGGGUGGUUGGUCAUUGGAGAUGUUAUUGUUUGCCAUAAAUUAACAAUAGAUUCUGGAUGCUUCUUAUAACCUCUAAGGACCAAUUUUGUACUUGACAGUUAUUAUCUAGCGAAGAUUGCUGUUCUGAUCAUAUUUUCUUGGCUAUGAAACUGAAUUCCUAUCCCAUUGUUGUUACUUAUUCUACUUCCCUAUUUCACAAGCCAAAACAUCUCUAUGCAUGCUUGUUUCUUUCUUUCUAUUUUGGUAGUAAUUACCUUAGACAAAUCAUAUGUCUAUGCAUGCUUGUUU